AUGACAAGCUCCGCUACAGUCGGGAAGAAGAAGAAGCGACGGCCGAAGCUUGCGCCACAGUUGGUGCGCGAGGUGUUCACCUCCGCCACGUGCCGCUGCUUUGUGCUCAAGUCUUUCAGCGAGGCCAAUUUCCACAAAAGCCUCAAAUAUGGAAUCUGGAGCACCACUACAAUGCACAAUGCGCUGCUAGAUCAAGUCUUUAAAAGUGACUUGACAGCAGUGAGGCCAGUGUUAUUCUUCUUCAGUGUGUGUGGCACCAAGCACUUUAAUGGAGUCGCUCGCAUGACGUCGGGGGUGAGGACGGAUGCGCAGUUCCAGUUGUGGGAGAAGCUUAAGUACGAAGGGUUCUUCCAAGUCGAAUGGCUGCUGGUCAAAGACGUGCCCAACUACGUCUUCACGGGUGUCAGGAUGAGCAACACGCCUUCGAAAAAGUCCAUCACAUCGUGUCGGGACUGUGAAGAAGUGCUGUUUGAAGAGGCCAAUGAGUUCCUGUCCAUUUUCACUGAGUUCGAUAGCCGCUCAAGUGCUUGGGAUGAUUUCGAACACUAUGACCAACUGCAAGAGCAGAUGGAGCGCAAACGAGGAUUAACGCUGCCCGAAGAUGCCAAUAAGACAGAUCUGGAGUUGUACAUCGUGCCUCUAGCACAGGAGCCCGCAACGAUCUCGUAA